CGGGAACAACCUCACCAAACGCCGCUGUAAAUAAAAUAGAAUAAUCACCGAAGCUAGGGGAUCAUGGAGAAUCAGUGCACAGUGCAGGUGAAGUUGGAGCUGGGUCACCGAGCCCAGCUACGGAAGAAGGUCACGUCUGAGGGCUUCACCCAUGACUGGAUGGUGUUUGUGCGCGGACCAGAGAUGGGUGACAUCCAGCACUUCGUGGAGAAGGUUGUCUUCCGGCUACACGAGAGCUUCCCCAAACCCAAGAGAGUGUGCAAGGAGCCCCCGUACAAAGUGGAGGAAUCUGGAUAUGCUGGCUUCCUGAUGCCCAUUGAGGUCUACUUCAAGAACAAGGAAGAGCCAAAGAAGGUGUGCUUCAACUACGACCUGUUCCUCAACCUGGAGGGAAACCCCCCUGUCAACCACCUGCGCUGUGAGAAGCUCACCUUCAACAACCCCACCCGCGAAUUCCGCCGCAAGCUGGUCAAGGCUGGUGGGGUGAUGGUGGUCCCAGAGGGGGCAGAGGCAAUGUCCAGGCCCAGCCCUGACUACCCCAUGCUUCCCACAAUCCCACUUUCUGCCUUCUCCGACCCGAAGAAGACCAAGCCCUCCCACGGGUCAAAGGAGCCCAGUAAAGACAGCAGCGGUGGGAGCAGCAAGGGGCCCAAGCCCCACAAGAUGACCAAGGAGCACCGGGAACGGCCACGUAAAGACUCGGAGAGCAAGGCCUCAUCCAAGGGCGAGAGUGACCGGGACGGAGGGGGCAACAGCAGCAAGCCCACCCGCGACUCCUCCUCCAAGAAGCCCACGGAGGUCAAGGUAAAAGAGGAGAGCAAGGCUCCUCCCAAGGCUGCCUUCAAGGAGCCCAAACUCACGCUGAAGGAGGCCAAGAUGGAGGGCAUGUCCCCGAAAGGAGGGGGGGCGGGUGGAGGGGGAGGCGGGGGAGGAGGGGGCCCUCCGGAGUCCAAAGCCCCCAGCAAGCGGCCCUCCGCGGUGGAGUCGCCCAAGCCCAGCGUUAAGAAGCAGAAGAAGGGGGGCUCCGACAGCUCCAAGGGGGCCGCCGGCGGGGGCCUCAGUGGCACCUCCCCGCGCGUCUCCUCGUCCUCCUCGGUCCCUCCUGCCUACCCCGACAAGAAGCCCCCCAAGGAGAAGGGCCGCUGGGUAAAAGUCAAGUCUGAGACGCCUGAGGUGAAGGAGCCUAAGAAACCAGCCGAAUCUGAGGACUCCAACUCCGAGGACGAGGCUUCGUCCAAAUCAGAGCAGUCGGCACCCUCCAGCCCCUCCAACUCCAGCAGCAGCUCGGACUCCAGCUCGGACUCCGACUUCGAGCCCUCGCAGAAGCAAGGCCAAGGCCCCCUGCGCUCUAUGGUGGAGGACCUGCAGUCGGAGGAGUCGGACGAUGAUGACAGCAGCUCGGAGGAGGAGACGCCCAUGAAGACCAACCCGCCCAAUCGCGACUCACGUCUGAGCCUGGACAGCGAAAGUGACAGCAGUGAAGGCUCUCAUCGGCCCAUUCGGGACCCCCCUCCGCCGCCACAGAAACACAGCUCCUCCAACAACAAGGUCUCUGGGAGAAAGAGCCCAGACCCCUGUACCCGAUCUGAGAAGAUGCUGAAGAAGGGAUACGACAAGGUAGGAAGGGCCUACACUGAAGAGCUGGUGGAACUGCAUCGCAGGCUGAUGUCCCUGAGGGAGCGCAACGUUCUGCAGCAGAUUGUGAAUCUCAUCGAGGAGACAGGCCAUUUCAAUGUCACCAACACCACCUUUGACUUUGACCUCUUCUCGUUGGACGAGUCGACGGUCCGUAAACUACAGAGCUACCUGGAGGCCACAGCCACGUGACAGGAAGUUCCUCAGGAGGGGUGCGCUUUUCUCCUCCUCCUCCCUCGUCUUUCUGCGGAACUGGAUGAAGGGGUGUGGGAGAGGAGGGGAAGGGGAGCCGAGAGCAAACAGAGCAUUGGCAAACACAUACUGUAAGAAUGUGGAGGAGAGGAGGAGGGCUGGGGCGACUGGGAGGUUAAAAGCAAAGUCACUCUGUUGAAGAAGAGGCACUUCUGCGCCUUCUCACCUGUACUGCAGGACAACGCAGGGAGCCGGGCUGCCUGGCAGGAGGUGUGUCGCUUGCAUUUCCAUUGGAGGGCCCGCGUGCUGUGCUGUGGAAUGCAGCUCCCAUAACCCACACCACCCCAACCCCCCCCCCCCCUCUUCC